CCUGAGGAAAUAAAAGCUCAAGAUGGUGAUAGAGGCAUCAACGAGCCUGUCGUUUACAGCAUAACAGCAGUCUUUCCAAAUGAAUAUCAGAGCAACUUUGAAAUUGAUCGAAACAGUGGCAUCAUCUCUGUGACAACAGCUCUAGACAGAGAGGAAAUUGAACAGAUAACGGUUAACAUACAGGCAGCUCAGCGUGAUGAUGACAGUAAAACAGCAAAUGCUGUGGUGUCUGUCACCAUUGAAGACGUGAAUGACAACCCGCCCAAAUUUGACCAGGAUCAAUACACAGAGUCUAUUCUGGAAAAUUCACCACAGGACCAGUUUGUGCUUCAGACUAGAGUCACUGAUCUAGACCUGGGUGGGUUCUCUACAGGUCACUUUAUCAUGGACAGUGAUACCUUCAUGAUCAACAGGCAAGGAGUAAUAUCACUCAGGAGUGAUGCCACCUUGGAUAGAGAAAUUAUGAGCAAUUACAUUAUACAGGUAAUAGCUGUAGACCAGCCUGAUGAUGGUUUAAGCUCCACAGCUCAGGUCAACAUCACUGUUCUGGACGUCAACGACAACAACCCACAAUUCCUUCCUCUCCCAGAGCGCAUUGAGAUUCAGGAAGGUGUGUACACUCCCUCAUCACCUGGAGAGGUGUGUGUGAUUUCAGCCACAGACUCCGACAUUGGAGAAAACGGACGUGUCACCAUCUCUACUUACUCACACAGUGAACUAUUUAGCUUCAGGGAGGAUGGGACUCUACUAGCUAUCGAGGCACUGGAUCUGGAGACACAGGACGUGUAUGAUGUGGUCAUUGUUGCAAUGGAUCAUGCAAUCCCACCAAGAAAUAACAUCACCACAGUGAGGGUCAGUAUCACAGACGUCAAUGACAACGCUCCAGUCUUCAGCUCUGACACCUACAGCAGAAGCAUUCUGAUUAAAGACGCCAAGGUUGGAGAGGUGCUGCUGACAGUCUCUGCCACGGAUAAAGAUGUCGGGUCCAACGCAAUCAUUAGCUACAGUUUCUCUGAAGACUCUUCCAUGGUCGCACUGGAUGCUGAAACAGGAGACAUUACUUUGACCUCUGACCUUAGCGAGGUCACAGAAGACACGCUGCUAAACCUGACUGCUAUAGCAACAGAUCAUGGCAGACCACCAAAAUCUGAUGAAGCCAAAGUCUUGAUCCAUUUCAAAACUGAAGGUUUGGCUUUUGAGAGCUCCUCCUACAACUUUACAAUUAAAGAGAACGAACCUGAGGCAACAAUAGUAGGUCAUGUCAAGGCAUUAACAGGGAGUCCACUGGUUACAGUCAGCUAUAACAUGAAGUCACAUGAGGAUGUCUUCUCUGUGGAUGGUGAGGGAACCAUAAAAGCUCUCAAACCGCUGGACAAGGAGGAAGAGGAGUGGUACUUCCUCACAGUAGAGGCCAUAGACUCCAGCAGUCCUCCAAAUACUGCAGAGACAAUGGUCAGUGUUCAGGUUGAGAACGUAAAUGAGGCUCCUGUGUUUGAUGCUGCAAUAUAUGAGGCCCAUAUCCCCAGCAACUCUCCAUACAAAUGCCCUAUAAUGAAGGUUCAGGCAAGCGAUACGGCCGUCUGCGAACUCCCACGCCCGGCUCAGUCUUGA